AUGCCUUUAAACGGAAUUCCGUUCAUUAUUUCUCCGGAUCUCCUACAUACUCUAUCCAGUGCUGGCCAUGGGGACGAGAUUGUGUUGGCCGAUGCCCAUUUUCCAACUUCGUCUGUUUGCAGAGGUGGCUGUAAAGAAAUCAGAGCAGAUGGUUGUCAUAACAUUCCAGAUUUACUUGAUGCCAUUUUGAAGUUGUAUCCACUUGAUCCAUAUGUUCCACAUCCAGCAACAGUUAUGAGAGUUGUACCUAAUGAUCCACUGUUAAUGUCUGGUCAGGAUCCACCAAUAUGGCAGAGGUACAUUGAAAUCAUCAAGAAGUACUAUGCAUCUGAUGACGUUGGUCAUUUGGACAGAUUUGAUUUUUAUGACCAGGCUAGAAAGUCUUUUGCUGUCGUAGCAACAGGUGAGGUAGCUCAAUAUGGAAACAUCAUAAUCAAGAAAGGAAUUGUCAAGCUCGAAUCAUGA